ACGUCGACCGUCGUCAGGUGCGGACGCGUCUCUCGUGACUGCGGAGAGUGUGCGCGUGUGUUGUGAUUCUGUGUUUUGUGUACUUCUAGGAAUAUUCACAUCGAGACAUUCGGGAGGUAUCACAGACAAAAUGAAGACUGUAAUUAUAAUAUUGUUGCUGGCCAGUAUUAUCGCCUUCAGUUGUACGAACGCCAAAAUAGGAUACUUCUGGCACAUCACGGACUUCCACUAUAACCCCCUAUAUAGUUCACAAGGAGACAUUAGAAAAAAUUGUCGGAGAUUAGCCGAUCGUGGUAGUUCAAGAUAUCUCAGGGCUCUGGGGAAAUAUGGGGACUACGCCUGUGACAGCUCUUUGGAGCUCAUCGAAUCCGCUGCAAAGUACAUGAGAACCCGGCACUCGGAUAACGUAGAAUUCGUAUUGUGGACAGGGGACAUAGUCACUUCCCACUACACGCUAAGCGAAGACGACCGUCUGAACGCUAUCCGUAACAUGACGUUCCUAUUGAGUAGGACCUUCAGUUCUCACUUCGUGUUUCCUGUUCUCGGGGACUUGGACCCCAAGCCAUCCGAAACUGUCACUACUCUAUGGAUGCAAUGGCUACCUUUGGAAGCUUUAGAGACCUUCGCUAAUGGUGGGUACUACACGAUUGAGCAGAAACAGAACAAGCUGAGGCUUGUGAUCCUGAACACGAACUUGUUCGGGAUUCGUGAGCACAAUACCCCAGAGUCAAGUCUGCAGUGGGAAUGGCUCAGCUCCGUGUUCAACAAGGCGGACAAGGCUAACGAAAUGAUAUACAUCAUAGGCCACACGGCGCCCGGGACGGAAUAUCGCCAUGGGCACGAGAUGGCGGUCGGCGCCGUGGAGAAAUACAUCAGGAUGGUCCGUCAACACGCUCGCCGGAUUGCCGGACAGUUCUUCGGGCACCUUCACACUGACACCUUCAGGAUCUUCUAUGACAAUGAGCGUCCAGUAUCUUGGGCACUGCUGGCGCCGUCAGUAACACCUCAUCGGUACCCUAAUGAUGCCUCAAACCCUGGCCUGAGGCUGUAUAAAUUUGACACCCACAAUGGAAAGGUAUUAGAUUACACCCAGUACUACUUAGAUCUGAAAACAGCGAACCGCAAUAUAGAGUCUGCUCAGUGGACGGUAGAGUACAACGUGACUCUGUAUUACGGACUCCACGAUAUCACAGCCACUUCUCUACAUAACCUUGCCGAUAGGAUACGAACGGGAACCACUCACGAUAAUUCUGUUCUUAAGAGGUAUCUGAGGGCGUACAAAGUAAAAUUUGAGGAGUCAGAAAACUGCGACAGCGCGUGUGCUCACCAGCAUUACUGCUCGAUCACCUGCCUCGACCUUCCCGCCUACCAGCAGUGCCUAGACUCUGCCAGCAGUGCCCUGGCUACUGCGGCAGAUUCUGCCGCCAUCGAAACUUUCCCGCUCAAAGCCGCCAUUGCACUGACCAUUUUCGCCGCUGGAGUCUCGUUUUGAAAUCGCAAUCCACACAAAGUACGGACGUUGAUGAUGUAAAUAAAAAAAAACUAAAAUAAAUUAUUUAAAUGUUAUUAGAUUAUUUUCGUGUAAAUGCUAGUUUUAAUAUUGGAAAAAAAUAGUGUAACAAAACGGUGACUGAUUAGUUGCUCAUGAUCUAAUGUUUAUAGCCAAGUAAUUUACGAUCGUGUAAAUAAUAUUAUAGUAAUGUGUAUGUAUAGUUAAAAUUACUGAGCAUUUUAAUGUAAUUUUUGUUUUAGAAAAUUUUGUAUAUCAAAUGCUUUUAGUUACAUUUUUGAGUAACGGCUUUUUAAUUGACCGCCACAUUUGACUCAAUUCUUCAAAGGGUUUCAAAACCAAACGGCUCAAAAUGUUUGUUAUGAACAUGUUACAUUUGCAAUGUACACAUUGCAAAAUAAACAAAAUGUUUGUUAUUUGCGUAGUGCAAAAUAAACAAAGUAUUGCACAUAGUCGGAUCAUCAGAUAGUAACUCGUUUGUGUUUUCUGAAAGUACUUACGUCGAAGUUACCACGUUUUUGUAAGUGAUUUUCCCAAUCAAAGCUCAACAUGAACUUCUGUCCGCAAUAUUUCGUUAUUUCUAUGUCGUGUCCGUUUUCAAAAUAGCUGCAAAGAUGGUAAGUUCUUGGAAAAUCUCGUUGGAUGUAAUUAGAUAAUUUCGAACACACCUUUCUACUAUAAGGUCGCUGGUUCAACCCUGGGACCAAUGUAUAUUCACUUUACUUCAGUGCAUAUUUGGAAAUAUGCACUAAUAUGUUCAUUAAAGUUCAUAUUUGGUAGAGCUACUUAAGCUUGCGCAAGAAACCUUCAUAUUGUACAAUAAAAUUGUUAUAAAAUGAUCGACAGGUUAAUUCACUUCGUCAGCGAACUAUUUUCAAAUCAACAUCGCAAUUUUUUUAUUGUUUAACUGAGUAGAGAAGCUCACGGCCUUAUUUGUGUCAAAUGACUCCCGGAGCCCAUAGACAUCAACAAAUUAAAUAUCGCCACCCAUCUUGAGUCAUGAGCGCUCAGUUCUGUAGUAUAACGGCUGCCCCACUCUUUAAACUGGAACGCAUUACUGCUUCACAGCAAAAAUAGGCAGAAUUCUGUCACCUACCCGUGUGGGCUCACAAGAUGCGCUAACGGUACAUCUUACUUCGCUGUUGGAUAUUAGAUAUCACUGGAGAUGUAAGCGAUUUUGGGCUUUUUCUCCUCCCUAGCAACUUCUUCUACAGUUGCAUUUUACCGUCUGUAAAUAAGCAAAACGAGUUUUUUUUUAUUGCUUUGAUGGGUGGACAAGCUCACAGCCCACCUGGUGUUAAGUGGUUACUGGAGCCCAUAGACAUCUACGACGCAAAUGCGCCACCCACCUUGAGAUAUAAGUUCUAAGGUCUCAGUAUAGUUACGACGGCUGCCCCACCCUUAAAACCGAAGCGCAUUACUGCUUCACGGCACACCAAGGCAGGGUGGUGGUACCUACCCGUGCGGACUCAAAAAAGGUCCUACCACCAGUAAAGAGUGAUACCUGUACGCCGAUGGUCUUCUUGGAGAUCCCCGUUGAGCAGUAAACGUGUUCGUUAUUAAACUAUUGACCAAUUGGAAUUUAAACCUAAAAGUACUAAACAUUUUUCCCAGUAAUCUUUACUUAGAUUGGUAAAUUUUGAAAAGUCACUUCGGGUUCACGCAGCUUACAACUGAAAGUAUUGAUUUCAGUAAUAAUCAGCCGGAAAUCGUCGAUAUGUCUAACGCUUACAAAAAACGUAUUGAAAUGAUUGAAUGUGCGAGAAGUUUAAAAAUAAAAACUGAAUUUAC